GAAAUUGGUUGUUAUCUAGAGAAAAUCAGUGUUACAUCCAGCAAGUGUUUGAAACGGUCCGGCCGCGUUUCCUUCAUGCAAUUUUCUUUAACAAGUGAAAAUGGAGAAAGGUGCAAUAACAGUUAAUAAUAAAAGCUUGUCAACACCGUUCUCCAUCAAAGACAUUUUAACCAGAAAUAAUACAACAAUAACAGCCAAAAUGCAAUCUGAAUUCCAACGUAGAAAAUCCCUUGAAUCGUCUGUGGAACCUUUCCAACCGGAUGAAUUGAGCAUUUACAAAUUGAAUCAGUUUGGCCGUUCGCAGGAUGCGAUGGAUAACAGUCCUUUGUGUGAUAGCAAAUCUGAACCUGAAAAUCAUUCCUUCUACACAUGUUAUAGUGAGAAUAAUAAUGAAGCAAUUUAUGGACCGAAUCGUGAAUCUAAAUCGAGGAGUCAAAGAGACGAAUCAAACUGCUUUUAUGGAAAUGAAUUGGGGAAAAUGAGUGAUAAUAUGAGAGAAGGUGGUAAUGGUUAUGACCACAGAGCCCAUGUGAAGAUGUUUUUAGCUGCAAAUGAAGGACGUCAUAUGAACUAUGGAAGAGAUUGUCCAAUUGAUAUGAGGAGGUGUACCAGUAAUGAUUCAGAUUGCGAUUCACCGCCACCAUCCUCAUACUCCAAUCAACAACUCAUCGAGGACAAUAGUGCUACGAACCGCAAAAAGAGGUCACGUGCCGCAUUUAGUCACGCUCAGGUGUUUGAACUGGAACGACGCUUUGCCCAGCAACGAUACCUAUCCGGACCGGAGCGUUCAGAAUUGGCGAAAUCUUUGCGCCUGACCGAAACUCAGGUGAAAAUCUGGUUCCAGAAUCGACGCUACAAAACCAAACGAAAGCAAAUCCAACAACACGAAGCCGCUCUCCUCAGCGCUACGAAACGAGUUCCAGUUCAGGUGUUAGUCCGAGACGAUGCCCACUAUGGACACAUUUUCGGGCAAGGACACUUCCCGGCCGGAAUCGACCCUGCUCUCCUGAACAUCUACCGGCACCAAAUACAAAUGGCUUAUGGAGUUCCUCUCCCACAAGUACCUUUCCCGUAUUUCUAUCCAACUAAAAUGCCCACGGCCAUCCCUCCGCCUAUGCAGCCGAACGGAACAGACGGGGGAAGCAAAAUGAUGCCCGCGCCUCAGAGCUUCCUAUCGCACCUGAAGGCGCCAAUCAACUUUUCCAAGACGGAAGACUCGGCGACUAGUCACACCUCGAGUAGCGGUCAGUCGUCGCGGUUUUCAUUGGUCAGCCGCGAGUCCAGCCCAAAUAGCAAUGGGCGACGGCCGAGUAGUGAGCAAGAGCACGACAGGGAGAAUGUGGAAUGCGAGAUGCCAGAAGAAAGCGAAAAUGUUGAGAUAGAUUGAAGAUGCUGCGGGAAAGUUGAGUGGACCAGAUACUUAGAUUCAGUGGAACGUAUAAUACAAUAUUUGUUUAGGUCAUGUACAAAUGCUAGACGUAGUCUGAUGGUUAUAAGAAUCCAUGAACUUAGGUGAUAAACGAAAUUCAAUUACUGAGAUAAUUACAAAGAAGAUUAGAUACAUUUUAAGAAAUUGGUGUACAUAUGGAUGUAUGUAUGUAUGGAAUCACAACUGAAAAGAUUUUUUAUGCACCUCGAUUAUUGAUGUAUACCAAAAAUACGUAAUUUGUGUUAGA